UAUUCAUUCCUCUCACUUCUCCUCAGAUUUGUGAAUUCUUCCACUUCUGUGUUCAUGUCUGUUUCUGAUUCAAACCGAAAUUUCAGAUUUCCAUGAAAUAGAGAGCAAGAUCCCCCCAUUGUUUGCACCCUGCUGCAACAUCCCCUUCAACAAUGGCGCAGCAGCAAUUCCUGCACCAGCGACCGAUUCAGAACCCUUUCUCAAACCCAUUCUCUUCAUCUCCUCUCUCUUCUUCUGCAAUCUCUCACCGACCCACCUCUCUCCUCAGCCGUACCGGUCUCCUCCUCCUCCUCGCUCUCCUUGUUUUCCUCGGAGUAUUCUUACCCUGGGCAGGAACACCCUUAUUCACAUUUCAAAACACGGGUUCUUCUUCCUCUUCGGUAUCCAAAUGGCGCGACUAUACUCUUGCAGACGCCGCCGCGUUCGCCGCCAAGAACGGGACCUUGAUCGUCUGCGCCGUUAGCUAUCCGUACUUGCCUUUUCUCAGCAACUGGUUGAUCAGUGUUUCGAGACAUAAACAUGCCGACAAGGUGCUCGUGAUCGCAGAGGAUUACUCCACGCUUUACAAGGUUAACGAGAAGUGGCCCGGUCAUGCCGUCCUCGUUCCUCCGGCGCCGGAUUCUCAAACAGCCCAUAAGUUUGGUUCCCAGGGUUUCUUCAACUUUACAUCUCGGAGGCCUCGGCAUCUCUUACACAUCUUGGAAUUGGGUUACAAUGUUAUGUACAACGAUGUUGAUAUGGUAUGGUUGCGAGAUCCUUUCCUGUAUCUAGAGGGAAAUCAUGAUGUAUACUUCAUGGAUGACAUGGCUGCGGUUAAGCCUCUGGAUCACUCUCAUGAUUUGCCACCUCCGGGCAAAAAGGGACGCACUUACAUAUGUAGCUGCAUGAUUUUCUUGCGACCCACUGAUGGAGCAAAGCUUGUCAUGAAGAAAUGGAUAGAGGAACUCCAAGACCAACCAUGGUCUAAAGCAAAAAAGGCAAAUGAUCAGCCAGCUUUUAACUGGGCACUUAACAAGACUGCUGGUCAGGUGGAUAUCUACUUGCUUCCUCAGGCUGCAUUCCCAACAGGAGGUUUAUACUUCAAGAACCAGACAUGGGUUGCAGAAACAAAGGGAAAACAUGUCAUAAUCCACAAUAACUACAUAACAGGUUUCGAGAAGAAGAUCAAACGCUUCCGGGAGUACGGUUUAUGUCUGGUGGAUGAUCACGCGGACGAGUCCCCGCUCGGGAAAUUGUAGCCACAGCCGGCAUUUUGAAAGGAGAAGAAACACUUAGGGGUUAGGGCAAGAAGAUCUUUACAUGAUGAUGGUUUGAUGUUGUUGAAUGUCUCCACUCUUACAAAGCUCUUAUCCAUCAAGUCACAUACUUUUUUUUACAUGCUCCCUUCGUGUUUCUUUUAAUUCUUUGUGAUUGUGUCUGAGGAAAAUCUAUUUGUUUAAUGGAUUUAUUAUUGGAAAAUACAUGAAACUUUCGUCUUCUAUUA